AUGACGUCUCUUCCACCCUAUUCCUCUCCAGAUCCUCUCGAGACCGAGAACGAGGUCCUCCGGCGCCGACUGCAAGCAGCCGAGUUCGAAGUUCUCUGUGCACAGCUCAAGGCUGCCAAAGCCAAGGCGAGAGAGUACAGGGUGAAGAACAGAGAGUUGAGCCGCAGGCUGGAAGAGGCGCAGGAGGAUAUGGAGGCGCUGCGCCAGCUACGCCGUGAUGCCGAGUUUCGGGCGGCGAGCGCCGAGCAGUCUGGCGCCGUAGCCCUACGGAACGCCGAGGAUCAGAUCGCGGCCAGCGAAGCGAGGGCGGAGGCUGCCGAGGCCCAAGCUGCUGCAUACAAGAAGCGAGUGUUGGAACUAGAGAAUGAGCUCGUGAACGCUCUCACAACGCUGGAUCCUGCGUCCCCGAGCCCUCAACCUCCGCCACCGGCGUCGCCACCGCCGCCUCUUCCGCCACCACCGCCCACACUGCCCGCCAUCACUCUUACACCUCCCUCCGAGGUUGACUCUGCUUCCAGCCUUCAAGGAGAUUCCGUGCAUGAUUCGAACUCGAACUCCGUGCACCACUCUACCCCUCGGCGCAAGAACAGGCGCGGCGGUAGGCGUCACAACAAGCCUGCCGGCCAGGCCAGUGCAGCUAGCACACCCAACCCCAUCCUCAAUGAGGGGACUGUCUCCGGGUACGACCCUCACUUCCCGGCAUUAGACACCCAGCCAACGACUGGCUCCAACGCAAUGCCCAUCUCAAUGCUCAUCCAUCCCGACUCUCCCCAGGCCGCGAAGAUCAAGCAGCUGUACCGGCUCCACGGCGAGGUACAGAGUUUCCUCAGCACAUUGAGAGCGCGAGCGCUCCGACUCGCAGAGCAGGGACACAUGCAGGCUCCCGGGUGGGUUAGGGGCUUGGAGGGCCUGUGUGGGUUGAAUGGGCUGUACCUCAUCCAGAUAUGGAGGAUGCAGCGUGAAGGGAUUGCUGGAGCUGGAGAUGGGGAUCUGGAGGAGCACUUGCGGGGGCUGAAGGGCGUCGCUGAGAAUGUGGAGCGCGAGAUGGGCUCUUAG